GCCGUUGGGGACUGGCAGAGAUGAACCCCCUGGCACUGCUCGUGGGCAUUGUGGCUCUGAGCCACUCUGCUCUCGCCUCCAAAGUCUGUCCCAGGCCACCAGAAGUGCUGUUUGCCACGAUUAAUGUAGACAAAAAGGUGUAUGAAGUGGGUGAGGAAGUAGAAUACACCUGCAGGCCUGGGUUCAUGCCCAACAACGGCCAGAGGAAGUACAUCUGCCCCCCAACUGGCAAGUGGCCCUUCAACACACUGCUGUGCCUCCCACAGAGAUGCACAGCUCCUGGAACCUUGGCAAAUGGAAAAAUUGAUGUGGUAGACACCCAGUACCAGAGUUCUAUGAACUUUUCAUGUGACCCAGGCUACAACCUCGUUGGGUCGAGAACAAGCAAGUGCAUGGCAGAUGGAAAGUGGACUGGAAUUUUUCCACAGUGUCAACCUGUGACCUGUGCACCUCCCUCACUCCCCGAGUUUGGAGUCCUCUCUUACCGUCGCACCAAGCCUGGAAAUGUUUCUCAUUUCAUGGACACAAUCACAUUUGAAUGUGUCCCUCCUCUUGCCCUCAUUGGGAAUGAGACAGCCACCUGCACAGCCAACGGGACCUGGAGCAGCAUUCCAGAGUGCAAGGUCGUCACCUGCCCCACUCCAUUAGGAAUAGAAAAUGGAUUCCUGGAGUUUGUGGCACGCAGAACAUACCACUACAAUGAAAGUGUGAGCUUUGGCUGUGAGCCCAGAUAUGUGAUGGAGGGAUCGAAGCAUUCCCGGUGUGAAAAGACUGGAAACUGGUCCACAAAGCCAACCUGUAAAGCCCCGUGUAAAAUACCAGUGAAGAAAGCUGUUGUAUUAUACAAUGGGGAGAAGAAGAGGGUCCAGAAUGACUUGAAGGAAGGCAUUCUGCAUGGUGAGACUGUGGCCUUUUACUGCAAGAACAAAGAAAAAUCCUGUGCCUACACUGUAGAUGUGGCAUGUGUGGAUGGCAACUUCACCCUCCCUGCCUGCUUCAAAGCACGUGGAGUGUUUUCUUUCAUGAAGAAGGACCCAUCAGACAUGAAACCCUGUGAAACUGAAGCAUGA